AUGGCCCUCCAAGCCAUGGCUGGUACCUGCUAUUCCAGCAGGAACCGGUACCGAAAGACCCCAAAAGAAGGAGAACUAUUUUGCUGCUAUGACUGCCUUCGAUGUCCACAGGGAAAGAUCACCAAUCAGACAGAUAUGGACAAAUGCUUCCAGUGCCCAGAAGAUCAGUAUCCAAACCAUAACCAGGAUUUCUGCCUUCUCAAGUACAUCUCUUACCUCUCUUAUGAAGAAAUGUUAGGAAGCAGCUUGCUGACAGUGGCCAUUAUCCUUUCUUUGACCACCAUUUCUGUAUUAGGCAUCUUCCUGAAAUGCCUUCUGCACCUGCUGAACCUGCCAAAUGCUCUUCUAGGGCAGCCUCAUAUAGACAGCACUGCAAUAAACCAGACUGGAGGGCAUGAGGGCAUGAGAGGCUAUGAGAGGAGCCUCAUAGUCCAUGAAUGGGCACAACUGGUGCACAAACCAAAGGUAUCACCUCUCUCCCUGUGUAAUGAUUAUUGCCCUUCAGGGUACCGAAAGACCCCAAAAGAAGGAGAAGCAUUUUGCUGCUAUGACUGCCUUCCAUGUCCACAGGGAAAGAUCACCAAUCAGACAGAUAUGGACAAAUGUUUCCAAUGCCCAGAAGAUCAGUAUCCAAACCAUAACCAGGAUUUCUGCCUUCUCAAGUACAUAACAUACCUCUCUUAUGAAGAAAUGUUAGGAAGCAGCUUAAUGACAGUGGCCAUUAUCCUUUCUUUGACCACCAUUUCUGUACUAGGCAUCUUCCUGAAGUACCACAACACUCCCAUUGUCAAGGCCAACAACCGCAGCCUCUCCUACACCCUCCUCAUCUCCCUCCUCUUCUCCUUCCUUUGUUCUCUGCUUUUCAUUGGUCGACCAAUGAAGAUGACUUGUCUCCUUCGACAACUUGCUUUUGGCAUCAUCUUCUCACUGGCUGUUUCCUGUAUGCUGGCCAAAACUAUCACUGUGGUUCUGGCUUUCAUGGCCACCAAGCCAGGAUCAAGGAUGAGGACAUGGGUGGGGAAAAGACUGGCCUUUUCCAUUGUACUUUCCUGUUCCCUUAUUCAAAGUCUCCUUUGUACUGUGUGGCUGGGAAUCUCACCCCCCUUCCUGGACUUUGACAUGCAUUCCUUCAUCUCUGAAAUCGUUGUGGAAUGCAACGAAGGAUCAGUUGUCAUGUUUUGUUGUGUCUUGUCUUUUAUGGGCUUCCUGGCUCUUGUCAGCUUUAUUGCAGCUUUCCUGGCCAGGAAGUUACCAGACACCUUCCAGGAAACCAAAUCUAUCACAUUCAGCAUGCUGGUAUUUUGCAGUGUGUGGCUGUCCUUUGUCCCUGCCUACAUGAGCACCAAGGGGAAGUACAUGGUGGCUGUGGAGAUCUUCUCCAUCUUGGCCUCCAGUGCUGGGCUCCUGACUUGUGUCUUUUUCCCCAAAUGCUACAUCAUCAUG